AAAAAAGAAAUAGGGGCCUGAAUAAUAUAUAAGCAGUUCAAGGACGUCUGAAUUUAUGAUCCCAUCUAUAAACAGCAGUAGGAAUAAAGGCUUUUGUCUUAAAGUUGUUAUCUUGUACUAUGUCAUGAUGAUCACGCCCCUUGUUGUUUCUAUACCAAUCUAUGCUUAAGUUUUGUUGUUUCAAUUUGUUUAUCUCGUUCAACUAAGAACAAAUUAUGAAAGCGGAGCUAAUAAUUAUCCCCGCUCCGGGGGCUGGUCACCUGCUAUCCAUGGUUGAGCUCGCCAAGCUCAUUGCUAGUCGAGAUGAGCGAAUUUCUGUGAGCGUCCUGAUAAUCAGGCUCCCUUUUGAGUCCAGCAUCGAUGGUUUCGACAAAGAUGCUCCUGGAAACUUAGCCUUUCUAGAUGUCCCUGCUCUCGACGACAUCGCCUUGGCAGAGCUCAUGUCCUUGCCUCGGGUAUCUUUCCUCCAUUCCUUCAUUACGAAGCACCGAACCGCGGUGAGAGACGUGGUCUCUGCAAUUCUGAAGCGCUCCGAGUGCUCUAAGCUAUGUGGAUUUGUCAUUGAUAUGUUCUGCCUCUCGAUGAUAGACGUGGCGAAUGAGUUCAAUGUCCCGGCUUUUGCGUUCUUCACUUCUGGCGCGGCUUUUCUUUCGCUCCAGUUUUAUAUCCAAGCUCUCAAAGAUGUUGAGGGGAUAGAUAUAUAUAAGUACAAGGAGUUGGAUGUUGAGAGGCUGGCUUUCUCGGGUUUUCUUAAUCCAGUUCCUGUCGAGGUUUUGCCUUCGGUGAUGCUGACAAAGGAUGGGUGUCCUGUGGUCAUUGCUGCAGCCCGAAGAUUACGGGAGACCAAGGCUAUUUUGAUCAACACGGUGUGGGAACUCGAAUCCCACGCUAUUAAAUCCCUCUCUGAUGAUGGUAAUGCCCCUGGUAUAUACCAUGUAGGCCCUGUAAUUAAUUUCAAGAGGGGCGAGGCAGGAGAGGAUGUUAUUGUUACCUGGUUGGACAGGCAGCCACCUAGCUCGGUGGUGUAUUUGUGCUUCGGGAGCAGUGGAAGCUUUGAUGGAGAACAAGUUGGGGAGAUAGCGCGUGCCUUGGAGCUCAGUGGACAGCGUUAUUUGUGGUCUCUACGACGCCCGUCUCAAGGAAAGGAUCAAGUGGAAGUGCUAAAAGAUUAUGAUGACUACAACGAGGUGUUGCCCCAGGGGUUUUUAGAGAGGACAUCUGGAAAAGGGAAAAUUAUUGGAUGGGCGCCGCAGUUGAGUAUCCUUGCCCAUCCAAGUGUGGGAGGAUUCGUGUCUCAUUGUGGAUGGAACUCUAUCUUAGAAAGUAUAUGGUGCGGUGUGCCAAUAGCCACUUGGCCUAUGUAUGCUGAGCAGCAAGUGAACGCGUUCCAGCUGGUGGUGGACUUGGGGUUAGCAGCCGAGAUUAAGAUGGAUUACAGAAAAGACAGGGCUGCUCACAUGGAAUCAACGGGAGUAGUGAGUGCAGAAGAGAUAGAAAGGGGCAUAAGACGUGUGAUGGACGGCGAGAGUGAAAUGAGGAAGAAAAUGAAGGAGAUGAAAGACGCCUGCAGAAAAGCCACUCAACUGGGUGGUUCAUCUUACACUUCACUGGGGGAGUUUAUCCAGGAUGUCACCAAUAGCAUCAGGGAAGGAGCUCCUAACUGAAUGAAGUAUACAACUUCAGUUUCUGGCAAAUGUAGCACCGUGUAUAUCUAAGAAUCCAUGUAUUCUAUAUAUGCUACCUAGUUCUUUCUUGUUGGGAAGAAUUCCAGGCCUAGGCUCUUUAUAAUUCCCUCAUGUUAGAACCAUUGUAAUCAAUAAAAAAUGCCUCCAAGUAUUUGGUGGUGAAGUCUUAGUAUAUUCUUAAAUUA